AUGCAGAAAAAAAGAUUGACUGAUGAUGCAGAACAUAAGGAGCAGGAAAAGAUCAGAAUCCGAUGGGAAAGCAACGCGAAGAAAACCGACGGUAUCAAUGUUUUUGAUAGUCAUCUGAGCGAGGAAAACUUUAUAAUCGGAGACAUUCUUGGAUCUGGCACAUUCGGGUCCGUCUUCGAAGCAACAUCCAAAAAGUCGGGAAAAGCUUUUGCGUUGAAGGUAAUAACCAACCGGUGCAGUGUUUACGCGGAAAAAUUUAUCGCAGAGCGAGAGCUUCUCAUCCAAAGAAAAAUGACCCACAAAAACAUUGUCCCAAUACGGGGAAUUCUUCAUAGGGACUUGAAACCCCACAACCUGCUGUACAAUUACGAUGGACUUGUAAAAAUAUCGGAUUUCGGAAUAGCGACCGAUGAGAGGGACGGAACCUACUGUGGAACUCCGCGAUACAUGGCACCGGAAAUCAUUUGUCGACAAAAGCAAACUGCAGCUGUUGAUUGUUACUCACUGGGAGUGAUUCUGCACCGAUGCAGUACCGGAAAAACGCCAUUCGAGUCACCGGACGGGCACGUGUUAGACGAAGUUGUCAGCAAAUGCAAAUAUGUGCCGCCAGUCUCGAUAAAUUUGAGCGUUAGAGAAGUGAUCACAAAAUUGAUCAAAAGAUCACCGAAUACCGAUGGAGUGCCAAUGAGCCAAUUGGUAACGGACUACCAACACCAACGUGAACACGCGCUUCAAAAACUUGUCCGAGAAAACGACUUGUAA